UAGUUAUGUUUCCUAUUACAAUAUAAUUUGAUGAUUUGUAGAUGGGAGAUCGAGGAUGUGGAUAUGAAAAACUGUCUUUCGUUGGACCAGCCAUUCAGCCCGAGUGGGGCUUGUCUUCAAAUCAAUAGAGUUUGACAUCCACUUUCGCUUUUUUUGGGAUGCUGGUUGGAGCGUAUUUGUGGGGUUUCGUCUCAAAUUCUUAUGGCAGAGAAUGGGAGAUCAAGGAUGUGGAUAUACAUUGGAUGAAGCACUUUCUACAAUUGGGUUUGGGAAGUUCCAAGUUGUUGUGCUUGCGUAUGCCGGGUUGGGUUUGGUAGCAGAAUCAAUGGAACUGAUGCUUCUGUCUUUCGUUGGACCAGCCAUUCAGCCCGAGUGGGGGUUGUCUUCGAAUCAAGAGAGUUUGAUAUCCACUGUCGCUUUUUUUGGAAUGCUGGUUGGAGCGUAUUUGUGGGGUUUCGUCUCAGAUUCUUAUGGCAGAAAGAAAGGAUUCCUUGGUGCAGCUAUAACAGCAACUGGAGCCGGGUUGUUGAGUGCUUUUGUGCCAAGUUAUACAGCGUUGUUGACUCUUCGUUGCAUAGUUGGUGUUGGUCUAGGGGGCGGGCACAUAUGUGCAUCAUGGUUUCUAGAGUUUGUCCCGACGUCAAAUAGAGGGGUUUGGAUGGUCGUUUUUUCAACUUUCUGGACAGUUGGAACAAUCAUGGAAGCUUCACUUGCUUGGUGGAUCAUGCCUGGAUAUGGUUGGAGGUGGCUACUUGGACUAUCGGUAGUUCCAUAUUCUGUUGCACUAUUGUUUUAUGGUUUUGUGCCAGAGUCACCAAGAUACCUUUGUACGAAUGGGAGAUUAACUGAGGCACAAUACAUACUUGAAAAGGGAGCUGCACUCAAUAACAAAAAAUUUCCAGUUGGCCUACUUGUUUCUGACCAUACGAAGGACCUCGUUUAUGAGAGCCAGUCUCCUGAAACUACCUUGUUACUCUCCUCAAUGACAAAUAAAAUAGAUGAUUCCCAAAGAAAUACCCCGUCCGUUUUUAUGCUUUUAUCACCAAAGUUGAUCAGAACAACACUGCCCCUAUGGUUUCUGUACUUUUGCAACACAUUUUCUUACUAUGGCAUUAUUUUGUUAACUUCACAAUUAAGCAUGGCGCAAAGUGAAUGUGACCCGCUUACUUUGCAAUCAGAAAACAUCAAGGAUGACAGCCUCUAUAUAAAUGUAUUCAUCACUAGCUUGGCAGAGCUUCCUGGGCUAGUUAUAGCAGCUGUGACAUUGGAUAAAAUAGGACGAAAGAUAUGUAUGGAAAUCCUGAUGAUUGGUGGAUUCAUAUUAUUAUUGCCCUUGGUUGUCCAUCACAAUGACAUAAUGACCACAUCCUUUCUCUUUGGAGCUCGUAUGUUCGUCUCAACAAGCUUCGUUGUUGCUUGUAUUUACGCCCCAGAGGUGUAUCCGACGAGCUUAAGAGCAACAGGUGUUGGAAUAGCUACCGCGGUUGGAAAAAUUGGUGGGAUGGUAUGCCCUCUAAUAGCAGUUGGGAUGGGUAGUGGUUGCCACCAAACACUUCCAGUAAUUCUGUUUGAGGCUACUAUACUUCUAUCUGGUCUGGCUGUCAUGUUGCUUCCAUUUGAGACGAAAGGCAAGGAAUUAACUGAUAACAUAGAAUGAAUGUAUCAUGUAUAUCCUUUAAAAGAGACAAAGGCUUCAACUACUAUACUUAAAAAAUAUAUAUUUAAAACAAUAUUCUACUAAGCUAAGAUUGUUAAGAUCUCGA